AUGGCUUAUCUAUUGAAGGGCACUCCACCGAACCGUUCAGAUCCGCCUCUAGCUCAUCUGAAAAGGCCGUCUCCCCGCCGGUGGACUUGGACUAGGAUGCUUGUCUGCGUUUCGGCGAUAGCACUGUGCUCCACGGCCUUCGUGAACCAGACUUAUAACCCGAUCUCUUUGCUUUCAAGCGUCGUUCACGGUGCAACUACAAACAUACAAACUUUCCAAGAAUGCGCAAUCCGAAACAUGCUAGACACCGAGUUAUACUUUCUUGAAAGCGUACAUCCACCAACUAUUAAGCAUUUCGAGUCUCGUAGAAACCGGCUGGCCCAAGCACUCAUCGCAGAUGGAGUUGACGCGUUUGGGCUGGAGCCAGGGUAUACUUUUCAAUAUUAUGCCAAUAUAAGCCAGUCAGAAUGGGAGCCUUGGGAGCCUGAAGAACGCCCUUUCCUGAUGGUUGUGCAGCCUUACCAUGAUCACGAAACUGGAAUGAUCACCGCAAAAACGAGCUUCCUAUGUCCCUCUUUCGAAGCGGAGAGAGCACGUCUACUUUCAAUGCCAUUCUCAGAGCCUAUCCAUAUAAUCACUUGGGAGGAGCAUUGGAACCCUUACAAGACCUUACUGGAAUCAGGCAAUUUUACGGCAGAGAGAAGACGUCCACGCCUUAUGGUAGAUGAAGAAAUGCGCGAUUAUAUUCAACGAGGUCUUGGCGAAAUUGGGUUUGACGUAGUCGGCUUACAGAGAAAUGUUGAGGCUGUCUAUAUCCAGGGCUCACCGAGAAAGAGGUCGAAACUGUUCUUGACAUUACGCUUCGAACAGCGGGACUUGAACCGUUUUUUGACAUUGUACUAUUUGGUCUGGAACAUUGUGUUCGAGGCACAGUCCCAAUCACUCAAACAACUGCAUGCAAAUGCAACUGCAGCCAGCGUCGAUAUUGCCGCGCGAGACGUAAUAACUUCUGCUGGAUACGGACAUGCAUUUACGCAUCGUGUCGGUCAUGGUAUCGGCAUCAAAGGUAUGACGUUCACGUCAGAGCCCGGUGUAUAUCUUGUUGAUGAGUUCGGGGUGCGCCAUGAGGAUGUCCUCCUUGUGAAUGGAGAAGAUGAAGAUCCUAUUCUGUUGACAGGACGGCGAGCGCAUGGCCCGUGGGAUCCUUGA